AUGCCACUAGCCAGCCAAAUCACUUCCAUCUGUGGUAAUGUAUUGAGUCGCACUCUAGCGGGUGGUCGUUCAGAACGCAACGAUGCUCUCCUUCUUCACGCUUUCACCGAACAAGGUUACCUUCCACCGGAAUCAACUUUUUCAAGUCGUCCUCAGCGCGGUCGUGGUGCCAAGGAUGAGUUUGGUGACCCGCAAGAUGAAGCCCACGAAGGUCGUCGUAAGCCAGCUUACGCUGGUGGUCUUGUUUUAGAUCCGAAAGUUGGCUUCUAUGACACGUAUAUUCUACUAUUGGAUUUCAAUUCUCUUUAUCCUUCAAUUAUUCAAGAGUUUAACCUCUGUUUCACCACUAUGGAACGCUCGUUCUUUGCUGCUAAAGAUGAUAAUACUGAAUAUGCGACUACUGACAACAACGAAGAUGUGUAUAUUUCCGAGUUGAUAUCCAGUGUAACUCAAACCAGUGGUUCUAAGCCCUCUCAAAAUUCUCAACGCCUUCCAACUUCCCGCGCUCCGGGCAUCCUACCCACAGAAGUUCGACGCUUGGUGGAAAGCCGAAAGGAAGUAAAGAAGUUGAUUGCUUCCGCUUCUGCAAACGAUUCUACCAAAGUAGCCCAAUGGAACAUUCGUCAACAGGCUCUGAAAAUUACUGCCAACUCUGUCUACGGUUGUCUUGGUUUCGGGGCUUCUCGCUUCUGUGCUCGUGGUCUCGCUGCUCUGGUUACAGGCUUAGGUCGUGCUCUCCUGAUGAAUACCAAGGAACUCGUUGAGAACAUGAAACUCGAUGUAAUCUAUGGUGACACAGAUUCCAUCAUGGUCAAUACCAAUUCAACAGAUCUGCUUUCUGCGUUAACCAUCGGAGAGCGUGUUAAACAUGAGGUUAACCGGCGUUACCGCCUCGUAGAACUGGAUACUGACGGUGUGUUUGUGUCGAUGCUCCUUCUGGCUAAAAAGAAGUACGCCGCGCUGUCAAUCACUCGUCCACUUCAAUACGCCGAAUGGUUGAAAUCACAGCCACAAAGCAACCUCUCUGCUCUACCCCCACCACCAACAAAACCUGAGAUGAAGGGACUGGAUAUUGUGAGGAGAGAUUGGUGUAGACUGGCUGCCGAGGUGGGCAAAUUCUGUGUCAACACACUCCUCUCAGGUCGGGCAACAUCGGAGACUGUGAUACAGUCCAUUCAUGAUCAUUUGAGAAAUGUGGCUCAACAAGUUCGAGAUGGCAGUCUGCCCAAAACUGACUUUGUCAUUACGAAGGUGAAUUGA